AUGUCUGAGAUUUGCGUGGAAAGAAUUCACGAAGACAUGAUCAGUGAUUUGCCUAACGAUUUGCUGAUACACAUAUUGUCUCUACUCCCACCACAAGAUGCACUGAACACGAUGGUUUUGUCGAAACGAUGGCGUUUCUUGUGGACGACGGUGCCCAAACUCGUCAUAGAUUUCAACUUCGACUACACCACCAGCUUAAUCUACAAGUGCAAAACGCUUGUACACUUGACUCUAUCAAACAACGUUCUCGUCGAUGUUCCUUCUCGUGCUUGCCUCCCGUCUCUUAAAUCGCUAAACCUUAACUGUGUGGCGUAUAAAGACCAAGAAUCUCCUGUUAAGCUUUUAUCAAGUUGCCCUAAUCUCAGAGAUCUGUCUGUGACCCGAAAGAGCGGUUAUGACUAUGUGACUAGGUCCUUGGUUAUAGACUCCCCUGCUUUACGUUACCUUAAGAUCUAUGAUCCUACAGGAGAUUAUCGUUCCAUCCAGAAUACGCCUCGCCUUGGUGUGGCGUUGUUGUACAUUGUUACUAAUACUAGGGCUGGCUUUCACCCGAAUGAUACGUUUCUGAAAUCUUUCUCAUCUGUUAGGUUUCUUGAUUUGAUUUUGAACCAGGUUGCGUGUAUUAGCGACAUUAACUUCAAUCGGCUGACACAGUUAAAGCUGAGUCUUUUUCACUCACAGUCUUGGUUGGAACCACUUAUGAUUUUCCUUCAUAACUCUCCUGUACUAAAAGUUCUUAUGAUCAACACUUGUUUAUCCGAUGAUAGUCUCUGGCGUUCGUGGCGCAAACCGAUUUCUGUACCGGUAUGCUUGUUGUCUCAUCUUGAGAUCUUUGAGUGGAAAUCUUACGUAGGAAUUGGAGCAGAGAAACAAUUCUUGGAGUACAUUCUCGCAAACUCAAAGUGUUUAAAGACGGUGGGAAUCUCCUCGAGGUACAUGAGUGAUGACGUAGAAUCUAUGUAUAGGGUUUCAGCAUCAUCUCAGCUUCUCUUCUCUACUCAAUGGCGAUGGAGAUCUAUGGAAAAUUAG